CUGACAUCAUAGAUGUUGUCAAUGGAGCGUUGCAAAUAACGUGAGGGGGAGACAGAACUCUGAUAGAGACGGCCAUUCGUAUUGAAGCUUCACAGGGACUAUCAACAGGGAGUACAGCCGAUGCAAAAGGAAAAUUGGGGUAUGAGAGCCACCAGAAUCCGUUCCCAUCCUUCGCUGCCCGGGGCCCAGUCUGACUGACAUCCUUCGGAUCAGCAUUGCCACUGAACCACCUCUCGAAUAAACCUAAUAUCGUGUGAGUAGUGUACUGGGGAACCGACGAAACCAGGGGGGAAAGGGAACUUGAUUCGACCGAACCGGAGUCUUGUAUUCAGAGCGUCGCAGAGGGGGAGGGGCGAAUAGAUGGCUAUCACUGGAGAACAUAGGGAACACAUCGACAACAGCCACCCUCGAAGCAGCUUUACCCAUGCAGAGCAAGGGGAACAACUACUCCAAGUCUCAGAUGAACUUACAACACCAUGGAUCUGAGAGUGGGGAACAAGUACCGACUGGGACGGAAAAUAGGGAGUGGGUCCUUUGGAGACAUUUACCUUGGUGCCAACAUUGCCACGGGCGAAGAGGUGGCCAUUAAGCUGGAAUGUGUGAAGACCAAACACCCACAGCUGCACAUCGAGAGCAAGUUCUACAAGAUGAUGCAGGGAGGAGUGGGGAUUCCCUCGAUAAAGUGGUGCGGGGCAGAGGGAGACUACAACGUCAUGGUGAUGGAGCUCUUGGGCCCCAGUCUGGAAGACCUCUUCAACUUCUGUUCCCGCAAGUUCAGCCUCAAAACGGUGCUACUGCUGGCAGACCAGAUGAUCAGUCGCAUCGAGUACAUCCACUCCAAGAACUUCAUCCAUCGUGACGUCAAGCCCGACAACUUCCUCAUGGGGCUGGGGAAGAAGGGCAACCUGGUGUACAUCAUCGACUUUGGCUUGGCCAAGAAGUACAGAGACGCCCGCACACACCAGCACAUCCCCUACAGGGAGAACAAGAACCUGACGGGCACUGCACGCUACGCGUCCAUCAACACCCACCUGGGCAUCGAGCAGUCUCGGCGUGACGACCUGGAGUCUCUGGGAUAUGUCCUCAUGUACUUCAACCUGGGCUCUCUGCCCUGGCAAGGCCUCAAAGCUGCCACAAAGAGGCAGAAGUACGAACGCAUCAGCGAGAAAAAAAUGUCCACCCCCAUCGAGGUGCUCUGCAAAGGAUACCCCUCCGAGUUCUCCACCUACCUGAAUUUCUGCCGCUCUCUGCGCUUUGACGACAAGCCAGACUACUCAUACCUUCGGCAACUCUUCAGGAAUCUGUUCCACAGACAAGGCUUCUCCUAUGACUACGUAUUCGACUGGAACAUGCUCAAAUUUGGUGCCAGUAGGACAGCAGAAGACGGUGAGAGGAGGGGAGCUGACGAAAAGGACGAGCGUAUCGUAGGAGGCCCUCGGGGAUCUGCUGCACGGGGUCUCCCGCCAGGGCCAAACCCACCAGCUGCCAACAGAGUUAGGAAUGGACCUGAGCAGGCCAUCUCUAACCCUGCAUCACGGGUGCAGCAGUCUGGGAACACGUCGCCGCGGGCUAUCUCUCGCGCUGAGCGUGAGCGGAAGGUGAGCAUGCGGCUCCACCGAGGAGCCCCCGCAAACGUGUCAUCCUCUGACCUCACAGCCCGUCUUGACCAAUCCCGAAUUUCCACAUCGCAGGUCAGCAUGCCAUUUGAGCACCUGGGGAAGUGAAACCUUCAGCUCCACAUGCACUGGAUACUGACAGGGCUUCAAGAGAUCCUUUGUCCCAAUUUUGUUUCUUUUGUGAAUUUUUGCCAAUUGGACAGAUAAGUGGAUCUUGGAGGAAAGGACAGAGAAUCAUAAACCGAUGACAGUUGGUCAAGGACUGCAGGAAUUUCUCCCCUCCCCCCUAACUUUGAUGGGAUAAACCUGGCCUAUAAUACAAGGAUAAGAUAGUGAAUAACACCCUCCUCUCCAUUUACCUAUUUACCCCAUGGUAGCUUGGAUCAUACACCCCCUGCCAUACACCUUUGUCCCUACCCCACUUCUCUGGGUGGCUUGCAGAGGUAGAAGACUGAUUUGGGGGUCGAAAAAUCCAAGCAGGUGCUCCUUUGCCAAAUAUAGUUGCGGGCACAAACACGUUCCAAACCAAGGAAUAGGUCAACUCGAAAUUUGGGCUUGUGUGGAUUUAGCCAUUUCUGUUUACACUGCAAAGACCACACACACACACACACACACAAAUGUACCCAUGUAUGUUUUAACCAGUUCAUUUAUAGAAUAGUAAGGGGCUGUACUCCAUUGGUAUGAUUUACUGUGCAUAUUUUGUGAAUAGAUCAUAUUCAUUUGGUGGGGGUCCUGUUGAGGCUUGGGAAAUGUGUUUAUUAUUUGAUGUUUUAAUUCGAAAAGGAAAGGUACAGCUGAAGAGAAGGAAUGGUGAGAAAGAUGGAGAUAUGGGUGGGUGGUAGAUGAAGCCAUGAGAAAGGAAGAGCAAGUGUUUAUUAGCUGUAAUGGUGUAGAAAUAGUGUUGGGUUCUUUUCCCCUACUUUACCUCUUACUGAAUUCCUAAUUCUCUACUUUACCUCUUACUGAAUUCCUAAUUCUCUACUUUACCUCUUACUCAAUUCCUAAUUCUCUACUUUAACCCUCUUUGGAACUGAUGUUGCCCAAAAGCCAACACCUCACACAAUGAUUGAGGUGAACAUGCAUUUUCUACCCUUCUCCCGCUCUCAUUUAUUCACCACCUCAUCCACACUUGGGUUUUUUUAUCCUCCCUCUUUGCCCACUUUGGUCUCCUUUUUGAUUUGUGUUCUUUGGUCAUAAUAUUUGGAAGGUUGGUAAGGUCAAAGUAACCACGCUUAUUUUAAGACUGCAACACUCUUAAGACAUGGGAGAAUCACAAGCUUAUUGUAUUUGACCAGAGACUGUGAUGAACAAGUUGGCAAAUGAUGAUGGCUAUGAUUUUCAUGAUUGUUCUUAACGUCAACUUUUACAUUUUAUUUUAAUGCUUUUCUUUUUGUAGGUCUGAUGGGAAUGGAUGAGCUCUGUACUUGAUUGAAGGGGGGGUGCAUGAAGUGGAAUGGCUUCUUAAAUUGUUUUUUUACUUCACUGUAAAUAUAUUUUUUAUUUCUGUGUAAAGCCAAAAUGUGGUUGGUUGUUUUUAAGGUGUAAUGUAGAAAAGACAUACUAAAUGCAUAAAUUGCGGCUGGGGAUCAGAAUAUUUGAAAAUAUUAAGUACUAAAUUGGGAGGGAUUUUAGAAACUUUUACAUCGCCAACUGGUUUGUGUGUGUGUCGUCAAGUGUAGUUCUGGUGCAUGGACUCUCAGAAUUCCAUAGGUCCCCUGUUAAGAUCACAGGGCUGCUGGGGACAAACUGCAGGCUAUACAUUUCUCGUGCCUCAUUAUUUGAGAUUGUCCAUCUCACUGUUAUUUUUCUGAAACUCCAUUUUGUUUAUCUUGUGUAUGAGGAAACUCUUGAAGUAUUGCACUUUGUUUUUCCUCUUUUUGUCCCAUUUAUUUUAUUCCCAGCAGUUUGUUCAUAGCCUGUUGAAAAUUUCACACUACUCUCCCCAUCACUCCACUCAAAGCCUUUCCUGGAGGCUGUCCAUGUUCUCCACCAAGGACCUGAUAUAGGGCUGUCUACUUUUCCUUUAAAACAAAAAAAAAGCACUCUUGAAAAAGAGGAUGCUGACAGGGGUUGACGUCAUCGGCGCCUUCUAUUGCAAAAUAAGAGGUCCCUGGAUGUCAUUUACCAGCACCCUUGAUGUCAUUGAUGAUAACUGGGACUUGGAUGCAGUCACAGUGAUGUCACAGAUUCUGGUAAUGACCUGUGUUUGCGACGUGUCCCUUUGGCAAGCCAGUGUGACCCAGUGGCAAUGUAACUACGGGGAGGGAGAGUGCUUGUCAGGUUAUGGGGAGUAUACACUUUAUGUAUUAUGUACUGAUAUCUUGUACAGUUCUUUAACACACUUUAACUUUAUUUACAACAGUAUUUGUGUAUAUUUUAUGACCUAAUAAAAAAUAAAACUUCCACUUCA